AUGCUGUUGAGUUUUGCAGUUGUUGCCUUCAUAGGAUCGUGCAUUGCCACAGAAACAAUGGUUACAAAGCCAAUGACUUAUCCGACUAUGCAUACACUUCCUUUACAAGUGCAGCAAGGAACUAUAAUGCAAGGUUCGAGAAGGGGUAGUCAGUGUGCAAUACUUGGUGAAGGUGUUAGUGAUUGUGCGAAGGAGUUGCAAAAGAAGCAAGAAGAGAAAGAAAGGAAUGCCCAGAUAGCUGCUAGUAUUCAAUACCAUCAAACCAUGAAUGAAAAGGCAGAAAAUAAGUGCAUUAAACCCACGCUAAAUGGUUCAGAUGUAUGUGCUGAGCAGGAGUUCCUGAAGCAAGCAGCUACAAAUGGCAAAUACACGAUUUCCACAAAAGACAAUGUUGUUAUGCUCAAAGAAAACGACCUUGUUAUUGGCUUGGCUGUUCAUGAUCGUAUGACGACAGUCCCUGUGAAGGAGAAAGCGAGGGAACCUGAUCCGUUGACAGGCAAGAAGGAGACCAGAGAGGUUAAGCUUAACCAGUUUGGGCAGGUUGUUGGUCUAUCUGGCCCACCAAGCAAACCCAAGGAUGAUUGCGUGUGUCCUAAUAAGACUGGCAAGUCAGGGAAGGUCACGUUUGAAAUGGCAACAAGGAGCUGUGCGGAUGCCUGUGCUUCCAAGAAUAUAAUGUACGAUGCAAUGGUUCAGAACAAUUCUUCAGAGGAUGAAGCAGACACUUCUAAGCCCAGUGAGGAAGAAACCGCUCAAACCACCACAGACAAUAAUAACUCUGGAAACACCGAGCAGAUCACUGAAAAUAACACUCAAUGA